GGGCCAAAAAGGGUUAAUUUGGCCAUAUUGAUUUAAGAAACUAAGAGAGAAACAAUGUCUGGUUGGAAGCAUUUUCAGAGGGUUGGGACUCAGAAUUGUUCAAAUGAAGGGGUUGACCCCUUUUCGGCUGAGGGACGGUUCAUAAAAGGGAUAACUUAGCCAUAUUGUUUUAAGAGACUUCUUCGCUUGAAAUAAGAGAAGUAGAUCAUCCAUAUUUGGUUGGAAACAUUCUCAGGAUGCCUGGAUUCAAAAUUGUACAAAUGGAGGGGCUGAAGCUGGGGAGGGAAGGGUUUAGCUAACAUGAACAUUUCUAUACAUAUGUACAUAUUUUAUAAAAUUCAUAUAAAAGAGAAAACAUAAGCACGCUUUCAAUACUAUUUUUGUUUUCUUAUUUUCCUGUACAAGAUCAUAUUUCAAUAUUUUAAUUUUCUAAAGUACAAUUUACCACAUUUCUCUUCAGAAGUGAAUCUAGCCUUGUUAGAUCUAUCCAGAUGUCUUUCCCAACUGAAUGACCAUGCCACCAUAACUGUACAAGGGAGUGAGCACAGUGGUCAGCCGUUUGACUGGAUGACCACUGUGUUUGGUGACCAGGAUGACACAUUGAUGGAGGCUUUAUUGGAAGUCUUGGACAUCUACUGUAUCACAAAGAAAAGGUCAGAUGCACUAGGACCAUAUCUUGAGAAGCUGACCACAACGAUAAACCCACACAAACAGUUUUACCUGCUGCUUCAAAUGACUGGUUUUGACCACAGUGUACUGGUUGACCUUUUGACCUCUCCUGAGACCUGUGCCCUUCUGUAUCUUACCCGCUACCUGAAAUGUGUGAUCAAUGAAUGGGAUAUUUUCCUUGAAACCCUGGAUGCUCUUGGUGACAGAAAAACAGUCUCUACUUCUGAACAUUUACACACCAAGAGUGAUUCAGGACACUGUUUGACAAACAGUCAAGGUGCAAAUUCACUGAAGAAUUCACAGGAAGAUGUGUCAAAGUGUUUUGUUGAAUCAUAUAAACAAAGCCAGCUAGUAUGUGCUGAUGUUGAUGUUAAGACACAAGAUGAGGAGGAUCAGAUGAUUGCUAGUUCCAUUCCAGCUUCUCAAGAAUCU